AUGGACCAAUUGCUCUCAUAUCUCCCGCCCUUCGAGGGCCUGCUACCCAAAUGGCUGCUUUUAGUCUCCGUCGUCACCACCGUCAACAGCUUCCAGGCCUACCGCUCCACCAAAUACACCGCGCAGCUUUACACCAACGGCCAGAAGCCCGCUAGUGGACUCUCUACCCGUCUCUUCAGCACCUGGACCUUGCUCUCGGCAGUGGUGCGCCUGACGGCCGCCUACAACAUCACCACGCCUGUUGCGUACGAUCUGGCUGCCUGGACGUACGGGAUUGCGCUAGUCCACUUUAUCGGCGAGCUGGUGGUCGGCGAUGCUUCUCUGCACGGGCGGUUCGUGAGCCCCUUGAUUGUUGCACCGACUUCCUUGGUCUGGAUGUUGGCGCAGCGGGAGGCUUAUUUGAAUGCCUAG